AAAGCAUCCAUUUAGUUACGAACUUUCUAAAGGAAUACCAAACAACAUGAAGUACAUCAUUGUUUUCGCUGCUCUCUUUGCUGUUGCCUUGGCUCGUCCCAAUGACAAUGAAAUUAUUCGCAUGGACAACAGUAUCGAACCCGAAGGCUUUAAAUUUGCUGUUCAAACAUCAGACGGCAGUGUGCACACUGCUGAAGGUGAAUUAAAGGAUGUCGGUACUGAACACGAAGGCAUUGCUGUUCAUGGUUCAUUCUCAUUCGUAGCUGAUGAUGGCAAGACUUAUACUGUUGACUAUGUUGCUGAUGAGAACGGUUUCCAACCCCAGGGUGCCCAUUUACCGAAUGGACCUGGUGUGCAAUAGAUGUUAGCGGAUUGUAUGAUUGGAAAAUGAACCUGAGGCAAUUAUCUGAAAUAAAAGUAUUCUUAAAACAAUAAUCGUUCUGCUAUUUAUUAAAAAAUUUCAAAAUGCAUAAA